CAGUGCGGAGAUCAUCUGACAAGCUGAUGACAGAUGGGACUGCCGAGGUUUCCGGCAGUAGUCUUUGAGAUCAACAAACAUUGGAAAGUUCUUCACUUUGGUGAAGUAUUUUUCCAAUGCUCCAUCUCCGGUGAGUGUCAAAUCGAACUGUUAUGCCGAUUGGUGAGAAAGUCAAACUGAAGAGAGACAGAUAAACCAACAGUCAGACGAACCGUUCUAUUUUAUUUAGCACAGACUUGAUUUAACUGUCCCAGUCAACGAACGUAACAAUGUCUCGCUUAAAAUCUGCGAUGGACUCUGUUAGUACAACGACUAUUGUGUAUCGGAUAUCUCCCACUGAUCAGAAUGCUCAAGAAAGACAUACGUGUCAGAAGGACGUUCCUCCUGAGGCUCUCAUCCCACAGAUCCACCAGACGAUACUGUCCCCCUCCGCCAGUCAUAUCAGAAACAUCCUGUCUGACGCGACAUACCCUCUAGGUCUACGAUCAAAAAGGAGAUUUCAAGGGCGUGCAACUUCUCUGCAUAAAAUACGGUCUGACAUUUUGUCAAUCUUGGAUGACAGUGAGGUGCAAAGACUUGAAAAUAUAUUUUGGAACUCAAAGAAAGGAUGGGCACGGACAAGCUUCUUAGAAGACGAACUGAGAGCCUUCCUGAAGGCCAAGGCAUUGGAGAAGAAAGGCAGACAAAGGGUCUCUAUCGUCUCACCGGAUGUAUUUCCUAUACCAGAGAUAACAGGAAAGAAAAAGAAACUUCAAACGAAAGAAGCUACUAACGCAGGAAGUCUCUUUAAACGCGAGAGUAAAACAAGAUCACUGAGACACAUGUCUAUGAAAGAUCAAGGUAAACCAAAAGAAAUCUUACUCAGGAGAAAAAUAACCGAAGGCGAGCUGGAAGCCUUAAGCUUGCUAGAAGAAGGCAGUAGUUCAAUCUUUGGAACAGAUUCUAUGUCCACCAUGCUGUCAGAGAGUGUGUGCAGUAAAUAUGCUCCUAUACUGAGUACAAGGCAAGGCGGGAAGAAGACUGAUAUGGAUGCUAAAAAGAAAAAAGAUGCACAAGAUGACAAGAGAGCUGCUAAGGCCAAAGGCUCAAAAAUGCAAUUUAGAAGAACAUCUGAUCCAGAUGAUAAAUAUGAUAAGAAAUGGAAAGCUCGUGGAGAGGUCAGUGACAGUCGGCGUGAAUCCAAAGACUUGCUGCGGAGAGACUCGAAAUCCCAGUUUAAACGAGGUAUCUGGUUCGACGAAGACGGGGCUAUAAGCAGAGCCGUUAGGGAACAACUGCAGAAGAUCAAGCCUCUAGAUUACUCUGAUGAUCGCCAACCCGUUUUUGUGGAAGAUGAAGAUACAAAGGACAGUAAAGUUGAGAAAGAGUCUGAGACAGACAAGCGUAAAAAACGAAAAAAGCCUCACGGUACUUUGGCACCCGAUGUUUUAUCAGAAUGGGAGAAAUCUGGCCUAUCAACGCCCAGCAGGCAAUCGCUCUCGGCGUUUGGACAACCACUUGCAAGGAGAAGGGGCGGUUCUGCCAAUAGCCGAGCUUCUAGCCUUAGUGAUAGAAGAGAGUCGACAAUGUUAACAGGAUCACCUGUACCACCUGUACCCAAGACCGCCCCAGAACGCUGGCGAUGGGCCUUAAGAAAAGUCACUCGUAGGCUGUUCAUCGGAUCUGAUGCUCGACAGAGUUAUCCCUCUGCUUUCCCACCGGGUUCCACUUUUAAGACCCAAACACAACCAUCGUUUGCUGAUAAGGAACGCAGCAAGAGGUCGGCGAUGAAAUUAGAUAAAGGUUGGUUCGACAUGAGAUGGGACGACAUUGGUAACGAAAAGGCUAUACUUUCCGAAACAGAAUCGGCCAGCGCUCAGGCAAGCGAUCAAACUUUACUAAGCCUGUCAAACGUAGCGAGUGCAGAUCUGGCUGACUCUAAAAGACGCGCUACUGCUGAUAACAUUAAGAUGUUACAAAAGUUCACCCAAUCAUUUAUAAGUGAUAAACAAAAAGCCAGGACGAAGUAUGACAAAAAAGACCUAAGACCGUUAAACGUCCUUACAAGGGAGGCGUCUUCAAGCACUCGCUUAAAGAGAAGACCCACAAAACUAGAUGAGCGGAAACAAAGCAAGUCUGCAAAAGAAAGGAAAUUGACAUCCAAUGUACUAGAGAGCCUAAAGCCAUUUGAAGAAAUUAUGAGUAAAGACAGCAUAGAGAUAUACAGAGAGAAGCGCAAAGAGGAGACUUCUGAGCCGAAGUCUCGAAAAGCGCCUGAAGAGGACCGCGAUCAAGCCAAGGCAGAAAGAAAAGCGAGGAAAAAAAUGGAAAAAGAGAAAAAAGAGAGCGACGAAGAGAGAAAGAAACCAAAUAAAACAUUAUCGUUCGAAGUGUCCAGGUCAAUAUCAGAUAGCAGUGGGUCAUCUUCAGACGGAGACAGUUUGGAGUUUAUGUUAAGAAUGGAUAGUUUGAGCUACGAAAAGGACGUUGCUAGGCUGAGAGAAAAGGAAGAAAUGGAUGAUAGUAUAGUCCUAUCCAUGUCAGACGAGGAGCAGGAAGUGCUUCACAGAGAUAAAGGCGAAGAGAAGAAAAAGGCUGGAAAAAAGAGGACCUUUUCCCAACAUAAGCUGGCCGCUCCCUUUGGGGAAAGUGGCCUCGUUGAGGCUACACCCACAUCGACGCCAAAGAAAUCGAAGGAGCUGAGAGAGGACGUCCGGGAAGUGGGAAAAGAGGAUCGCUUCGAGGACGCUGGAAGAAGACGUGAUAGGAGAGGAACGGAGGUGGACGAGAAAGGUGAGGCUAAAAGGCAGUGGACCUCACCGCGCCGUGUGUCGCACGACUUCAAACCAGAUGCCGUGACCGCUAAACAAACAUCAGACAGUGAGAUUGAUUACAUUCCGUAUACUGCAUCAGAGAUCGACACGAAAGACAGACGAGAAUUGAAACACCAAACAAGUCUCGUGGACAUUAGGAGAGCUGAGAGCGAAAUGGACGCAAGAGAGCCCGGAGAGAAAAAGAAGAAAGAUCCAAGCAAGAAGCUGGUCAGACACUUGAUGACGAUGAGCCCAACGAAGGAAAGUGAAAUCGCCCUGUCUACGCUGGAUGAUGAUUCGAGCGCGAAAAAGACCAAGAAGAGUCAGGACGACGAGGAUCUAAACACCAGACAGACUAUUUUGAUCAAAGAGGUUAUCCAGAAGCUCGAGCAGCACAUGCUGAAAACGUAUGGGAUGAUACACUAUUCGACAGACAAGAUCGAUUCCGCGCUGACCAGGAGUGACCUUGAGAUGGAGAUUGAAGUUGAUUUCGACUACGAGAAGCACGACCCUGCUCACCCUGCUGACGUGAGGAAACAAUCUAGUGUAACAAGGAAAAUGUCCUCCCUAAGUAAGGAAUCCCUACACAAGCACGACAAACACGUCAAGAUUUUACGCAAAACAUCUUCCCGAGCUUUGAGCGUUUCAAAGCAAUUCAGUAAGAAGGCAGCUGAAGAGGAAGAAAGCUCGUCUCAGCCCUCUGACGACAUGACCGCUAAACAUGAACAUGACGUGAAAGAAACAACACAAGCACCAGGAAGCCCUGAUAAGGACCUUGACAAAGAACUAGACGAAAAGGCAACGAAGCAGAUUCCAGAGAAACGCUCUACAGUAAAGAAAUCAACGGAUAGAGUCAAAGAACGAGGAAGAGAGAGUGCGCCUUUGCCUAAAGGAGCGAAGAAAAAAGAAGUGAAACCGCAGAAGAAACAGACGUCAGACAAAAUUAGCGACGGACAAAAGGAAAUGUUGGAAAAUGUUGAUCAAAAAAGAUCAAAAAAAGAAUUCCCUGACAGUUCGGAUAGAAGAGACAGCAGGACUUCCAGUACUGAAUCUAAAGAGUCAAUCGACAGGGAAAUGUACGGUAAAGAUUCCAUUGAUAGCUUAAAAAGAAGACGGGACAGAAAGCUUACUGGAGACUCUGAAGAAAGUCUUGAAAGCCAUGACGCAAUGCAUCAACAGAGACAUUUUAAAAGAGAAGAUCGCGAUAUAUACCUAGAGGAAUCACACAAAUAUUUCGAUAGCGAUAAUGAAUUUAGUUUUCCAAUGGAGCCGGCAAAGGACGCGCUUUACGACUCGAUCAGAAGAGGGACUCUAACGAGACAGACGCCAUCCAAUGAAAGGGACAGUCAAAGACUUUCACUAAGCGCAGACGAUGAUUCCAGAAUGCAAUUGGCUGAAGGUCGGAUGAGAGCACUAAGAAAGCGGUCAGCAAAAGGCCUAGAUUUAGAAAGGAGUGGGCAGUCUCUGAUAUAUCUUCCUAAAGAUGCGGAUCCUAUUAUGGAACGAGAAUCUGUUGGGUUCCCGAAAGUUUCCACCGCAGGAAGUCCGGCCCAUUCGCCGAUUGAGACAGCUGAAUCACCGAAAACACAAGACACGAAAGACGAGAGGCGGAGAAGUCGUCAUGAAGAAAAGAGGCACCGGCGUGAAUCUUUGAAGGGCGAUGAAUCGGAGCGAGUGUUUUUCCCCAAGGAUGGAAUGGAUGAAUGGCGGCAUCGCCGAAUAAGAGACACCGAGAGAGAAACGGAGAGACGCUCUUUGGUGGACUCUCAAAGACCGACAGACACGGACGACGAGAAAGUAGCUCGGGGUGGCCAUGUGACUGGAAAGAAAGCCGCACAAAGAGAGCGCCAACAGGACGCCGGCCAACUGAAGGAGGAAAUACAUUCUGACACUUCGAAUGAUGAGCUCACCAAAGAGGACAAAAAAAGAAGAGCUCGAAAAGGAAAAGCGACAAGAGAUGUUGGUGACAGCGAUACGUCUCCUCAACUGUCUGGCUAUUCCAGUGAAGGAAGCGUCUCGACACAGCGCCAGACCGGACAGACUAGAGCAGAGAGACAAGAAAGCUUAACACGACAGAAGCGUUCCAGAAAAGAGCUUGCAGACCACGACGAAGACGUCCACCCGCCUCGAGGUGGUCCGCGAAGAGCAGAAGAGGCUAGAGACGAAAAGGGCGGACCCAAAGCGGCUAGGUCAGACAGGGAUCAUAGAGGUGACGCCGCAAAAGAACCGGCCAUGUCCCCAUCCGGCACCAUUCAUGCUCGUGCUGGUUCUUCUGGAAAUCUCCUCAAAGCAAGGUCCGGAGAGUCGUCGAAGAAGAGGCUCAAAGGCGAUGGUGUGGUUGAGCCCGUGCCCAAAACGUUGCCCUCAAAAUAUACGAGUGAAGACGAAGAGACGUCCUCAUCAAACGGAACGUCGUCUUUGUCUCUAGAGUCAUCCCCGUCUCUGAGCAUAAUAUCAUCAGUCUCUGAAUUGGAUAUUUUCCUGCCGGAGACCCCCAGCCAAAUGGACAGAAAGCAUCCUUUACCACCCAUUUACUCAGAGGUAAAAGACAAGUACAUUUACUCAGAGAAACAGAAAGCAGGAGCUACGAAAAAGCCAAAGAAAAUUCAACCAAUUCCUGAUGAAACCGCCCAGUUUGGGUUCACCCAACCCAGAGAGUUGUCUACCUCUACGACCGUGACCACUCCACCCAUCGUUCGUGGUGGUUUGCCUACACUUCCAGGGAUUCAGCCGUCUGCCAAGAGGAAAGGCCUUGAGCUCUACUUCCGCUCUCGCAUGUCACUGCAAAGGAGAAUGAAGAAAUGCUUACCCUCGCUGAUAGACCGACCGAUCCCGCUGCAAACACGACGCGUUAUAAAGAACUUUGACGGAUGGGACAUUGGGAUGAAGGUUCAGCAACACACUUUAAACCACCUGCCAGCUGUGGUGGAAACUAUACCUCAGCUUAUUAAGGCCUGUACACCUAAAAAAGUGCCUGGCUUCAAAAUCGAUCAAUUAAUUAACUCUAGGACUCAUAUCAACACGAGCGAGGCAGGGCUACGUUAUGUCUUCAGAUACGGCAUAGAGGAACUCUUCGAGUUUAUGGUGUUCACACUAGUGUUGGAAAAACCAGACAGACCGCUUGACCACCUAAUAGAACUGACCAGGAGCAUUAAGAGGGAGAUGAUGAUCCGUUACAACGUUGGGAAACUGAUGGCAGUUGGUUCAGAGCCCAGUUUAGACUCCAUCUCCACUACAAGCUCCCAAGGCAUGCACUCAACCUCAACGACAACGUCAUCAGACUAAUGACCUCGACCUACAAAGAUAAUUGACACACCUAUUCUCAGCCUGCGUGCUAGUCUUUCCCUUUAAGUCUAGCCUGUACAAUUAAGCCUGGUGUUUCCAUCUGCAAUUUUACAAUUAGACUGUCAAAACAACACAGGAAAGAAACAAAUAUUAGUAGGCCAUCAAAGGCUGUACAUUUUUGUUCUACUAAUAAAUGUCUUAGUUUAGAAUUACUAUUAGGGGAAAAAAUGAUGAUAAUAAUAAUAUAUGUGUGAAUAUAAAAAAGAUAAUAUACAGUAUGUGUGUAAUACACAAUGACAUUACAUGAAAUAAAGACAGAGACACAAAGAG